AUGUCAAAAAGUCAAAUCAAGCGAAUCCACGAACAACAGGAGCUGGAAAAGACUGCAAAUUUGGAAGAAGAAGAAGUAGAAGAAGAACAUGUUCAACGGAAAGGACCUGCCAAUCGAUUUGCAUUUUUUGAUGAUGAAGAUGACGAUAAUGGAAAAGCUGAAAAUGAAACUGAUGAUGAUGGAGAAGUUGUUGAAACAAUGAAUAAACAAGGAAAUAAAAAGAAAACGAAGAAAGGAAAGAAAAAGGGAAAGAAAGUUGUAGAAGAACAAGAGGAAACUGAAAAUCAAAUGUUGGCUCGACUAGCUGCUCUAAACGCGAAAGAAGCGAAAAAGGCUGUCAAUGAUGGAAGCACACCGUCACUGGAAGAGCUGAUGAAAAUUGACAUGAAAUUGUUCGAUAUGUCUGCAGAGAUUAAACGAAAACUGGGAAAAGCAUUUAAAGAAGCAGUUACACCUGGACAGACUGAUGAAAAUCGUUGGCCACCUGGUAGACGAGCAACUGGGCGAAUUGUCAAGAAUAAGCCGAGAUGGUUUCCUGAUAGAGAUUACGGCCUUUCCAUGGUUGAAACCAAAAAAGAAGGAUGCAUCAGUUGGUUCACUCUUCGACAUAAUAAUGCAUAUGAACAAAGAGAAAGAAUGUUCUGGAUGGCUGAAAAACGUAUGAACGUCGGAGUUGUUCAAGAAAUUUUCUCCGAUACACCAUAUCAUCUCAACUCGAUUUUAAUGAUGGCUCAUAUGAAUCGAAUGAACGAGGAUUUUAACACAGGGGCUGAUUUAAUUGAACGCGGAAUCUGGUAUGUAGAUCAAUACGCGGCUGCUACGUUUGAGCCAUUUCAUUGGAAGCAUAGAAUGGAUUAUUUGGACUAUGAGAAUCGUGCAUUUUAUCUUCUUCUGCAUCGUCAUAUGCUUAAUGCUGCACACAAAAGAUGUUGGGAAACAGCUUGGAAUACGGCAAAAAUGAUUUUCAAAUUGGAUCCCGUUAAAGAUCCACUUGCUAUUAUAUCACUUAUAGACAUUUUCGCAUUGAAAGCCAAACAAUAUCAAUGGAUUAUUAAUACAUUUGAAGCUGCAAAGAAGUUCAAAAAAUUGCAUCUUCUUCCAAAUUGGCCAUAUUCAGUUGCUCUUGCUCGAUUCUUUACCGCAAAAACGGAUGAAGACAGAGAAAUUGCUGAAAAUGACUUAUGCACAGCUAUCCGCCAUUUCCCAUCUGUCGUCGUUCAGCUAAUGGAUAUUCUUCAAAUUCAUCCAGAUUCUGCUGUCAUGAACUGCAAAAUGUUGACAUCAUUUGUAGCUGAUAACGAAAGAGACAGCCUCAAACUAUUGGUCAAGGUAUACGCAAAGCAUACAGAUGAAGUUUGGAAAAUGCCUGAAGCCUUGCUCUUUUUGGAAGGAGCCACUAGAAAAGUAGCCACGUCUACUGAUACAAAGGAAAAAGAGGAAUGUGAAGAAUGGAGAGAGAAACGGAACAAAAUGUAUCAUGGAAGAUCUCCAAAUGUUGAUCGCUUUGGUCAACUUCUUGAUGAAAUUCCAGGACAAUCUCUAUCUGAUCCAGUUCCACCACAAAAUGGGCGAUGUGGAUAUUCGAAAGAAGGCGGAGUUAAUAUUGCCAGACAAAUGAUGGAUGACACGUUUCUUGGUGGAUUCAUUAAUUCGUUACUUCCACAUUUCGAUGGAGAACUUUCAUUCCAAGAACAGCUAAAUCGAUAUGGUGGAGAGUUUAUUCGUUUCCUCACAAAUCGAUUAACUGGAGCUGAACAAGGAAUCAACGAUGCACUAGAUAUUGCCAAUGGAUGGAGAGAACGAAGAAAUGAGUUGGAUGCUCAAGAAGCUCAAGGAGAAGCCGGUGAAGCUCGUGUGAUUAGAUUGGAAAAUCAACAGCCUAUUGAAUUGCCAGAAGGUAAUGUGGAGGAAGAUGAUGUAGACGAAGAGCAAGAACUUCCGUGAAUUUAUUAAUUUCUUCCAAUAUUUUAUUGUGAUUCGGUUUUCGUGGUUUCUAAUUGUGUAAUUUAUUGCGGUUCCAUAAAAAUUCGUGUGUGUUUUUAUUGUA